GGGGGGGCGGGCGGGGCGCGGGGGGCACCGGCACCGGCACCUUCCUCCUCAUCCUCCUCCUCAUCCUCCUCCCUUCCCUCCGAUGUACCGGGGUGCCGCCGAGUGCUGCGCGCUGAUUGGCUGAGGAGAGAAGGGAGACCUGCGUCAGACCGCUGAAGCUGACGCCACGGGGGGUUUGUCAGGACUGAGCAGGGGGAAAGGUCACGAUGAAGAACCAAGGCGGUGAGACCAAAGCAGCCCUGCGGCCUGCUGGCUCUUCCAAAAUGAGCAGCGGUCUGGUGCUGGAGGAGGGCGACUCGCCGGAGGCCGCAGCACCCCUGGAAGCUCCUCUUGCACAGGAGGACACCAAGUCCUCCCGGCCUGCCGUGCGUGACGUCUCCGAAGAGCUAAGCAGACAGCUUGAGGACAUCUUGAACACAUACUGUGUGGAUGCCAGCCAGGAGGGUCCAGGCGAGGACGGCGGACAGAGUGAGCCCACGGAGACGGAGGAAACCGAGAAGUGUCGUAGCGAGUCCCCGAGGAACGGCGACCAGGAGACGGGGGGCCCCGAGAUGAACGGGGAGAAGGAGAGCACGAAGGGGACUGAGGAGUUUCGACCCGGCGAGGAGUGUGGGGAGCGGGAUCAGAAGAAGGCUCAGGAAAAGAAGAAAGCCAAGGGCCUAGGCAAAGAAAUCACUUUGCUGAUGCAGACGCUGAACACCCUGAGCACGCCAGAAGAGAAACUAGCAGCACUGUGCAAGAAAUACGCUGAGCUGCUGGAAGAGCACCGUAACUCCCAGAAACAGAUGAAGAUCUUGCAGAAGAAGCAGACGCAGCUGGUGCAAGAGAAGGACCACCUGCAGAGCGAGCACAGCAAGGCCAUCCUGGCCCGCAGCAAGCUGGAGAGCCUGUGCCGCGAGCUCCAGAGACACAACCGCACCCUCAAGGAGGAGGGUGUCCAGCGUGCGCGGGAGGAAGAGGAGAAGCGGAAGGAGGUGACAUCCCACUUCCAGGUGACGCUGAACGACAUCCAGCUCCAGAUGGAGCAGCACAACGAGAGGAACUCCAAGCUGCGCCAGGAGAACAUGGAGCUGGCGGAGAGGCUCAAGAAGCUCAUCGAGCAGUACGAGCUGCGGGAGGAGCACAUCGAUAAGGUGUUCAAACACAAGGACCUGCAGCAGCAGCUGGUGGACGCCAAGCUCCAGCAGGCACAGGAAAUGCUGAAGGAGGCAGAGGAGAGACAUCAGCGGGAGAAGGACUUCCUGCUGAAGGAAGCUGUGGAAUCGCAGAGGAUGUGUGAGCUGAUGAAGCAGCAGGAGACCCAUCUCAAGCAGCAGCUGGCUCUCUACACAGAGAAGUUUGAAGAAUUCCAGAACACCCUUUCCAAAAGCAGUGAAGUGUUCACGACAUUUAAACAGGAGAUGGAGAAGAUGACUAAGAAAAUCAAGAAGCUGGAGAAAGAGACCACGAUGUACCGCUCUCGCUGGGAGAGCAGCAACAAGGCUCUCUUGGAGAUGGCUGAGGAGAAAACCCUUCGGGACAAAGAGUUAGAGGGGCUUCAGGUGAAAAUCCAACGCUUGGAGAAACUGUGCCGAGCUCUGCAAACGGAGCGCAACGACCUCAAUAAGAAGGUGCAGGACCUGUGUGCCCACACGCCCCGGGCAGACACGGACCUGGCGGAGCCUUUGAAGGACCCAUCUCGGGACGGCUCCGAGGCGGCGGCGGGGGUCGCCCCAGCAGAGCAGCGCCUGGCUGAGGAUUGCCUUCACUCAGGGAAGCCGCCGCGCAGCCCGGAUCCUGCGGAGAGCCUGGGAGAACUGAGCAUAGGAGCCUUGGGGCAGAGCGGGACUGAGGAAGGCACUCGGGGCGGUGACUGAGCCCCCCCCGCGCGCGCGGGGUGAGGGAGGGUGACGCGGAUGUUUCCGUAGAGUCGAUCGGACGCCCCUCUCCUGGUCCUUGGACGGGCGCGAGAGGACGGCCCUCCUGGGGAUGUGAGAUUUCCUAGCUUAGGUUUUUGGAGGGUUUUUAAAAUUUUAUAUAUAUAUAUAUAUAUGAUAUGAUAUAUAAAAUAUGUGCAGGGCAACGUACACUUUAUAUAUGGAUAUAUAUGAAAACUAGAAUGACCCACCUCCCUGCGUGUGCGUGAAUAACUAAUAUAUGGAGCCUCCACCGAUCGUCCCUUUCACUCAGAGACCUCCCCCAGGGCCCAGCACAGCUCGGGGAAGCAGCCGUGCGGCGCCGCCUCCACCCUCAGCACCAGAAAACGGGCCGAGCCGGGGAGAACUGAAGCGAUUCUCCCUCCUCUGCCUCAGGCAGGAGGGAGCUCCCGGACUUGCUUUUGUUUUCUUGGGUGAGAGCUGAGCGAAUGAGGGUGGAAGAGGCCGUUUCCCCUCUCUGUGGGGUUUGUGUAUUGAACGGGGAGAAAAAGAAGCAGAGAAAGGGGGUGCCCGGUUCACCCAGGCCUCCCCCGGGCCCUCUGCUCUUCCCAGAACCUGCCGAUGUCUCAAUAGCCUUAUGAUUCACAGUUGCCUCUUUGCUAUACGCACAUGUGCACAAGUGUAUUAAACAGUUAAUCCAAA